GACAGGUGGGUCCCCCUCAACACUUCUUCUCUACUCUCUGUCUCUCUCUAUUCCUUCCUUCCUUCCUUCCUCUCUUUGUGACACACAAAUUGAAGUCUCACUUUUAAUUCAUACACGCAUGCCAUUUCUUUGCCAUCCAAAGAGAUGGGUAGAGAAAGCAUUGAAGAAGGAGAGCUAUCAACUCCUCUAGUUGCCAAAGAUGAACACCGUCAAGUAUAUGGCAGUGGUACUAGUAGUGGUGACCAUGUUUGUGCCAACACUUCUGGUUGUGAUGAUGGUGGUGAGAGUCAGAGUGGAUCUUCCUCAGCCAAAGGUGAGAUACUCAUCACUUGCUCAGACUGGAAUCAUGGAUGACCUGGGUCUUGCAGUGGCAGAGUACUCACUUUUUGGUUCAACAUUGAGAAUUGGAGCAAUGAUCGGUGCAAUAGUGAGUGGCAAAAUAGCAGAUUGCAUAGGUAGAAGAGGUACAAUGGACUUUUCAGAUAUAUUCUGCCUGGCAGGGUGGCUUGCCAUAGCGUUCUCAAAGGAGUACACAAAAACCCUUCAACGGCUUUCUAAAGCUAGUAUUCUUGAUUUAUUCCAAUGGAAAUAUGCUCAUUCACUCAUUGUUGGAAUUAGCCUGAUGGUACUACAACAAUUCGGGUUUUCGAGUAGUAUUGGGACCAUAGCAAUGGUCAUUGUUCAGGAACUUUCUUCAUAUUCUCAAGUAUGUGGCUUAACUGUUUUGUUCGUAGCAAAGUUGGCACCUAAGACCAAGGGGCGAACACUUGAAGAAAUUCAAGCAUUAUUGAAUCCAUUUUCAGCAAAGGAUGAAUAUCCUAUUCCUAAGAUGGAGCUUCAACAUUGGCGGCAUUGGCAGCAUCCGUUGGUCUUUAAUGAAAACGAGAGAAGUGGAGAUUUUUGUAUUGGUUGCGUGGAACCAGUAUUUGGUCCUAGCUACAGUUGUAAAGAAUGCAGAGGGUACAUUCACCAUAAAUCAUGUGCUGAACUACCUAUUGGGUUGCACCAUCCCUCACACCCAAAUCAUCCUCUUAUUCUCUUCGACAUGUAUACAUUUCUUAAUGAGAACAGAGAAGAAUAUGACAACUUUAGCAAAUGCGAUGUCUGCGGAGAAAAGAGUGGUGAAUACAGUUAUUGUUGUUACCGUUGCAACUUCAACAUUCACAUCAGAUGUUCUUCUUUAUCACUCACCAUCCAAACUGAAGUCCAUGACCAUCAAUUGACCCGCAUUUGGAAGCGGUUGAAGUUCACUUGCGACUUCUGUGGCAAAAAAGGCAAUCUGCCCUACCUUUGUGCCCAGUGCGAUUUCGGUAUACAUUCACGUUGUGCUGCUUGCCCACGCAGACUGAAAGUUUUUCGUCACAACCACCCUCUCCACCUCACCCCUUCUCUUGAAGUCCAUCAAUCCGACUCUCCAAUUUGUCGACUCUGUGUUCGAAAAGUGGAUACACGCUGGCUUUACUAUUGCUCAAGAUGCGAUUUUGCUGCCCACCUCUACUGUGCUAUGCUGCACUGGAAUUGGGAGCACAUAAAUUUGCAUGAACUUAAAGAGGAGCAGUCCACCGAGUCAAAAUCUGAAGAUCCAGAGCUCCAUCAAUCCUUUGACUCAGAAAUUUGCCAAGUCAUAAAAACCACUGUGGGGGAGGACGGAACUGAAAUAGCCACAGAAAUCAAACACUUCAGUCACAACCAUGAUUUGAAGCUUACUGAUGAGAUUCCGAAUAACAUAAAAUGCAACGGAUUGGGUCUUUCAGGUGUGGUACAUCUUCUCUGUUUGAUACUCUCAGUUAGCCACUAUAUAAUGUACUUGUUAGAGGACGAUUGACUUAAUGCCUUGUAUUUUGCACCAUCUAUCUGUAUUACGGCAAAAUAUGCAGCAAAUGAAUCAAGGCCACUGAAAACUGAUGAUUAUUUCUUACUGUAAUAAUUUGAAGCUAAAUUGAAAUGAAAAUUCCAACACCAUGGAAGGGAUCUCAAGUAAGAGAAGGAAAAUAGGACAGCCUGAUUCAAAAUUUCCUCUACUCAAGUUCAAAGACUUAGGCAAGCCUACGAAAGAGAAAAUGGAGGUAAAAAAGUCUAAACGUUGACAUGAAUGCCUCGAGGUGGUUGAAUUAAUUGGCUUUGUUGGGUGUGGAGUUGAUCUGCAGAUUGCGGCUUACAUACUAAGUCAUAACGUGUCACUUGAAAAGAUAAUUAUCAAUCCCCGCCAUCCAUAUAGAUGGACACCGAAGAAUUCUGACAAGCGAGUCUAGAAGUCAUGCCAGGCAGCACCUUGAAACAAGUUUACCUCUCGGAACACAAUUAGUGGUACUAUAAAAUUAUUAUCUUCUGAUGAUAAGGUGGGGGUGGAGCUUUUAAAAUAUGCUUGGGUUUUUGACAUCUUCAAACAGUGAGGAGAGAAUGAGAUAACCUCAUAUUGAUUUUGAAUUUGAGAUGGAUCCUGAUAUGUAUCAUGUGUAUUUCUUUGUU